CGGGCCUCAGUCUUAUUCUCUCCAUCUUGCUUUUAGGGUGGACAUCGUACAUUUACCCUUCAGCGGAUCUACACGCAUCAUCUUGUAGCCUCCAUCUCCAUGGCUCGCGCGGAAAAGAGAUGCAAUGGUUGUUGGACGUGUCGACUUCGUCGCAAAAGGUGCGACGAAAGGCGGCCGGAAUGCGCCAAUUGCAGUGGGUUGCAAAUUACCUGCCACUACGGAAUGCGGAGACCUACUUGGUUCGAUGGGGCUAAAAGGCAAGAGGCCAUGGCCGCCCAAAUCAAAUCUCAGAUCAAGGAGCAAGCCGGCUAUCGGCGAGAGAGGCAUCAUGCUUCGACAGGGGCGGCAAGAUUUGCAAAAGAAGCCCGGACCAGAGGCCACAAUUUCAUCAAUCUCAUCCCGAAAAAUGACCCCUCCAAUGGGAAAAUACAAUCUCAUAAUGAUGCGACGAAUGGGGUGAUUCCACAAGAUACUGUAGUGGAUUCAAGCAAAUGCAAAAUACCCGACACUGCACCAGAAUUCAGCUUUGCAAACAAAUUUGAUCGGCCUGGACCUGACCCCGAUAUGCUCUUUUACGGAGAAGACUAUGACAUGGAUUUUCUCAUGAAAUACCUGGAUAAUGUAUUUCCGUUGAUCUUUCCAUUUUACAAAACUCCUCUACUUGGCCCUGGGCGUGGCUGGAUCUUUUCAUUUCUCUCGCAGAGCAAAGUCGCUUUCCAAUCAGUACUGGGUAUUAGCUCUUACAUUUUCACAGUUGCGUUAAGUGAAGCAUACUCUGGAGAAGAACAUAAACUGUGCAAGACAGUAGUCUGGUCUCGGCUCGUCCGACAGGCAAACAUGUGUUUCGACAUGUUGCAACAGGAUAUACAGGAGCUGAAUAAUCAGGGCGAGCAAGCGAACUUGUUGGAUAAAGUGCGAGUCAUGGAGAGCAUUGUUCAGUUUCUUACUUUUGAGGUAGCGCUGGGUAGAUCGGCGAACUGGGACAACCAUCUAUCGCCCACCAUCGCUCUCUUCCUAGACAUACUGCAGAACCACACUAGGAAAACCUCUGUAUCAAUGCUACUCGACAUUUUGAGUAAGAUCAACCAACGUCCGCUAUAUGCCCUUAAGGAAGGGUAUUACGUCUGGGACAACAGACAAGAAUGCUUUCGGUUUUUUACCGGCCUUCUUCUCUUUAUCGACGUUGUGGCGAGCACCUCUCUUGAGCGACCACCACAGUUACUCGAGUACCAUCUACAGCUUCUUUCCAAUGGCGAUGAUGGAAAUUAUGGUAAGGGCGAGGCUACUAUCCGGCUAUCGAACCUUAUCGGCUGUCGCAAUUGGGCUAUACAUGUGAUCGCAGAGAUAUCGGUACUAGAUGCCUGGAAGAAAGAGAACAUGAGAAAGGGCGUCGAGUACGGGACAAGGCUUAUUGAGCGCGCCAACCACAUUAAUCGGAUGCUUGAGGAUGGUGAUUCACGGAUGGGCGGUGAUGGUGCGGCUCCUACAGUAAACUCUACAAAGAUUUGGGGCUGCGCGGCGAGAAUAUACCUCAGCGUCGUGACCUCCGGCUGGCUGCCAUUGUUACCAGAGGUGCGGUCUAGUGUAUCGCACGCACUUCAACUACUGCAGACAAUGGCUGGUUCCUCUCAAUUGGGGGCGUUGGCCUGGCCGCUCUGCGUCGUCGGCUGUAUGGCUGAUCACACGCAGGAACAGGCCUUUCGAAAUCUUUUCGCCGAGUUGGACAAGCCAACGCUGAUUGGGACAUUAGACGAAGCACUACGUGUCAUGGAAAGCGUAUGGCGGAUUCGAGGAUCCAUGAACAGUGAAGUAUGGGAUAUACAAGCAUGCUUGAAUAUUCUCGGUACGCCAGCUCUAUUGGCUUAGAAGACCCCUAGAUGCGAUUAAGACGGGUAAGACGAGUAAAAUUGUGUAUAUUCUAGUGCAUGUAGUGAAUAAAAG